UCUUAACGGAAGAGUAAAAAGGAAAAACAACGUGAUUCGGAUCGAGAAGAGAAAAAUUGUUAGAAAUAAAAGCCAUCCGUUGAUAUUAUUAUUUAAAAGAACUAUGAAGUUUACAAACCAGGUGUGGGGUUCGCCCAAAACAUUAUUUCGUCAUGAAAUACGCCGACAUACUCAACCUGACAAUGGAGGAGUUGUCCAACUGGCUUUCUGCGAUGCACGUGCCGUUGACCGGGGAGGAGAACAUUCACCAGUUGCGGGGAAUGGUGAAAACAAUGGUUGGAGACCAGGAUGAUGCCGCCUUGGUGGAAGCCGGAGAGCGGAACGACGACAUUGGCGUGGCAGAGAGCGUGUCAGAGAGCAGAGCGGAGAACGUCGUGGGAAGGGAGUGCGAGCAGGAGGAUCGAGGGCCAUGCGAAAUGGCUGAAAUCAUGAGGCAGAUGACGCUAUAUACAGCACGAAAGGACCUCGUUAAGUUAAAGGCGAAGGUUGCCGCUUUGGAAGGCAAUUCGCUGGACUGCAAGCCCGUUGUUGAUGUCAGGGAUCUUGAGGCUAGUUUGCGCAAAUUUUCUGGAGACGAUAACAUGUCUGUGGACGUUUGGAUUCGUGACCUCGAGCUUGCUGCAGUUACGCACGGAUUAAGGAACUCUCAACGUUGGCUGUUGUGCAAUCGGAUGCUGGAGGGCUCGGCCCGCUCAUACGUGAUGUUCGAGAAACCCGCUACUUGGAAGGAGCUAUGCGAAAGCCUACUAAAAACCUUCGGAUUCCGGAUGACCAAUCACCAGGUGGCAAAGCAGUUACAGAUUCUGGCGAACGAAUCGUUGUUGCAGUGUUUUGUUGCGAUGCGUCACAUUGCGGAGCAAGGAACCUUCGAGGAAACAGACAUCAUAAAAUACAUUGUUGAUGGUCUGCAGGACAAUUCCAAAUGCGCAGCGCCAUUGUAUUAUUGCGCUUCCUUGGACGAGCUGCGCGAGAAGAUGAUCCGUUACCAGAUGGUACAGCCUGAGAAGCCUGAGCCUACGUCCAGUUGCACCUCUGCUGCAGGUGCCUGCAAAAGAACCUACACAUGCCGGAGGAGAUGUUGCAAACGUAAGGUGCUUCAAUUGCCGAGCGAUGGGGCACUUCAGCAGCCAGUGCAAAAAACCGAAGCGCCCGGAGGUAGCUUGUUUUCAUUGUUUCGAGACUGGACACCAAUAUCGGCGGUGCCCUAAGCGUGUGCGAACGGCUGCCCUCAGUACUUGUGACGGACAAGACGAGAAGGAAGACGACGACGACGCCGUUGGUGGGAAUCCAUACAUUCAAUUAAUACCGGAAGCCCCGUGAGUUUUAUUAGCAGAGGAGUUAUUCCACAAGCAGUAAAGGACGAACACCUAGUAAAGAGCAGUUUUCGCGGCCUAAGCGG